AUGGUAGUGGAAAGUUGCAGGGGUGAUGUAGCACUGAUGGAGAUGGUGGACAGCAUCCAGAGAUUGGGAGUUGCUUACCAAUUCCAGAAGGAGAUCAUGGGUGUCGUGGAGAAGAUAAGCAGAUCAGAAGACGAGGGAUCGUGUGAAGAUCGAAGCCUUCACCACGUAUCUCUUCGGUUCAGAUUGUUGAGGCAACACGGUCGUGAUGUUUCACCUGACGUUUUCAAUGCUUAUAAGGACGAGACUAGGCAUUUUAUGAGCAGCCUUAAAGAAGAUGUGAAGGGGAUGCUGAGCUACUACGAGGCAUCACACCUUGGCUUUGAAGGUGAGGACGUAUUGGAAGAAGCCAUGGCUUUCGCAGGCCAUCACCUUGAGGAAAUUGGCAUGGAAAUGGGCUCGGAUACGGACCUUUCUCAACAGGUGGCUCGAGCCUUAGACCUCCCCCUACACAAAAGGAUGCUAAGGUGGGAAGCCACUGCCAGGCAGUAUAUUGAAGCGUAUGAAAAGCAGCCCGGCCAUUGCCCAGUCUUGCUCGAACUAGCAAAGCUGGACUUCAACAAUGUGCAGUCUUUAUACCAAACAGAAGUUAAAGAGCUGUCAAGGUUGCAUACCAAUCAAUCUUUCUAUAGUAUUCAUAAUGCUUUCUCAGAAACAACAUAUAUUGACAAAGCAAAGAAGCAUGACACUGUAGAUAUUUGGCAUGAGAGACUCGCUCAUGUUGGAUACAACAAACUCCGGGAGAUGUCUAAUAAAGGGCAGUUGAUUGGCCUGCCCAAGCUUGAGAUGCGUACAGACAAAGUAUGCCCUGGAUGUCAGUAUGGAAAGGUGCACAAGAGGCCAUUCAAAGAAUCGAAGUAUAGAGCUAAAGCACCAUUUGAGCUUGUGCAUUCAGAUAUAUUCGGCAAAGUACCAGACCCAUCAGUUGGAGAAAUGCUCUAUAAAAAGAAGCCAUCUCACAAGACUAAGUUCGAUAAGAAGGCACAGAGAUGGGAUAUUGGAUAUGCUCAGAGAGAGCUUCCAGAGUACAUGAGGAUAUGCUUUCUCGCUCUCUAACAUACAACCGACGAAUUUGAAGAUUUCAAGUCGGAGAAAGGUUUAAACUUCUUACCUUACUUGACCGGAGCGUGGACUGAUUUUUGCAAAGUGCUUUUCGUGGAAGCAGAAUGGUUUUGCAGUGGGCAUACGCCAAAGCUGCAAGAAUACUUGGACAACGCGUGGAUAUCCAUAGAUGAUGAAUUUGGUUACAGGUUAUGGGAUCCAAAGAAUAACAAAAUCUACAGGAGUCAUGAUAUUGUCUUCAGAGAGGAUCAGACUAUUGAAGAUGUCAUGGGAGACACGAAGUCGUGUGUGAAUGCUAGUGAUAGUGGAGAGCUAGAAUGCUAUGUAGAGGUGCUAGAUGAUAUGCAUAAAGAUGAAUGGAUUAAAGCUAUGUGGGAAGAGAUUAAUUCUUUGUAUAAGAAUCACACUUUUGAUUUGGUAAAGCUACAAAAAGAUGACAUGCUUAUUGUUGGACAUGAUUGUCAAUUGAUUAGUCAAUUGAAUAAGGAUAUGGACAAAUUCUUUGAUAUGAAAGACUUGGGGCCAACACAACAAUUGUUAGGCAUGCGGAUUGUUCAUGAUAGGAAGACCAAAAAGUUGUGGUUAUCAAGAGAAAUACAUUGA